GAGGAUAAGCUCAAAAUUAAUGUUGUGUUCUUUCAAAACUGGUCACAUUGGGGACUAAGUGGACCAGUUAUCCUCCGUCUCUCUCCAUGGGGUGCACCACAUCUCUUCAGUUCUGAGUACAAAGCGAUUCUUAUUGUUGACUUCAUACUGGAUAUUAACAUCGAAGCUGCUAAAUCAACACAAGCUGCAAAGCAUAAGGUAUCCAAUUCCUUUCCCCCUCAGUUCGGUCUUGUCAAUAAAUUCUGGAAUUACAUUCUAUACCGCGAGGGUUCUUCAGGAGACACCUUGUGGGCUUCAUUGUCAAAGAGCUCUAUUUCCAAUCUCCUUAAACAUUGUACAUUUCAAGUCACUGGAAAGGGUCAAUACAAAGAUGAGUUUGUGACAGCAGGAGGAGUUCCUUUAUCCGAGGAUUUCUUUGAAGACAAUGGAGAGCAAGUUGGUUCCGAAUCUUUUCUUUGCAGGAGAGGUAAACAUGGCUACAAUGUACUAAAUGUAUAUGGAGUUACAGGUGGCUUCAAUUUCCAGAAUGCUUGA